CAGUGACGUAACCUCACAGCUAACGUUAGACGGACGGUGUGAAGCUCCGGACACAGAGACAUUGUUGACGUUUUUGUUUUGAUAGCUUUUGUCUGGAUUUUUGGACAUUACGCCGACAUUUUGAAGCCCGCCUUUCGACUCUACCAUCACGCCUCAGUGCGGGGAUCCAGCAAAGAUGAAAUGGAUGUUUAAAGAGGACCAUUCCCUCGAGCACCGAUGUGUGGAGUCAGCCAAAAUACGCAACAAAUAUCCUGACAGAGUACCGGUGAUAGUGGAGAAGGUUUCUGGCUCUCAGAUAGUGGACAUUGAUAAGAGGAAGUACCUGGUGCCGUCUGACAUCACAGUGGCCCAGUUCAUGUGGAUCAUCAGGAAACGCAUCCAGCUGCCUUCAGAGAAAGCCAUCUUCCUCUUUGUCGACAAAACUGUCCCUCAGUCCAGUCUGACUAUGGGGCAGCUGUACGACAAAGAGAAGGACGAGGACGGUUUUCUGUACGUGGCCUACAGCGGAGAAAACACCUUUGGUUACAAGGCCUUUUAUACAACACGGGGUUAACGCUUCAGCAACUACCAGUCUCUCUCUAACACAUACACACACACACACACACAUACAGUGACACAGUAGAGCCGACAUAAACGGGUGCACAGUGUUUCAGAUAUUGGCCUUUUCAUGUGUUAAUGCACCUAAACACUUGGCACAGUUAUUUAUGGUCGAUUUUUGAUACUAGAAAGAACACAUUUAUGGUGAAAAUUAACUACACCACCCAGUAAACUUGCUCUGAUUUUUUCUGACAGGCUCGGAUGAUCAUUAUUGUCAAGAGAUACUUGACUUUAAUGGUGUGUCUUUUGUUGUGGUUACUGUUUAAAGGUCAGCUGUGGAAAGAAUAUCUUUAACACUGCCGAAAAAUAAGAAUAACAAUGCACAUUACAGGCAUGUCAGAUAUCAUUAAUUUCCCAAGUAUCGACAUUAGUAUUAAAUUAAAAAAAUAUAAUAAUGUAGGCUCUGACAGACACACAAACACACACACACACAUGCCAAUCAUCACUCAUCAUUUAAUCACGCUACCCUUUCUUUCUUUGUUGUCACAGAUAUUUGUGUUCAGCUGAGGUGAGAAAGAAACCCUAUAACCAUGUGACUAGAAUCAUUAACCAUGUUAUGGAUGUAUUUGUAUGGCUCAUCAUAUCAUGUAUAAAACGUCAAUAUUUAAUGCCACAGGUACACUCAGCACUAUGAUAGGCUAUGAGAAUAACUAUAAGCAUGUGACAGAAAGCAGCUCAUGAUGGUGGAUAACUGUCAGCUGCCAGUAAGGAGUGUGUCCAGCUCAGGGACAGGGACCAGCACCAGUCCCCAGGAUGUUGCUGAGUGCUUCCCAGUCUGGCUGUUACGUAUUUACACAUUAUGUUGGCUGAAUAGAUGUCAGCACCACCCAGGUUUCAGACUCAUGAUACCAACAGCAAGCCAUGAACCUCAGUGACCUGUUUCAGAAACCCAACACUUUACUUGAAGUUUAUUGUGUUGAACUGUGAUGUUUUUAUGUUGUGAUCACAGCUCAACUAUCUGGAAAUGAUAAACACUUGACAGGGAAACUCACUCAGAUGCUGAAACAGGGUGAGUGAAUAGGUUAAGUUCAAUUAUUCUAAGAAUAUGUUCAUGAAUUGUCACAUAUACUCCAUAGAUAAUAUAUUAAACAUUUGCCAACAAAGCAAAAUAGUGGAAUUCAGGGUUGGGCUGGUGCAAAAAUCUUCAAACCUGUUUGGACCAGACCGGUAUCCCGAAUUUUACCAGCUGUCCCACUUGAUUUAGCAGCCGCUCCAAAGCUCCUGAGUCCUACAUUUGUAACAUUUUAUGUUGUGAUAUUGACUGGAAGUACCAUUCUACAUAGCCAACUGCAAGUAGGUUGUUAUUAGCGAUGGUUAUUUAGCCUAACGGAAACUUUCAGCUCCCUGACAAUCUCCAUCCAGCCAGCUGCCACCUUAUUUAGGUUUUUGUAGUGAAAUGAGCAGGUAUCAUGCGGCUAAUUCUUUAUUUCAACUACAUGAAUCAGCAGUUCCUCGUCGACUGCAGCACUUUCAAACUAAGUAACAGGUAUAAAUAAAAACACAGUGUCUGGUGCCAGUUUUCACACCUCUUCCAUUGGCCUCAAAUCCAAAAUGUUGUCUUAUUGGUGCGGUUUUCUUGAGAGACUAGGUUUGGUUUGCUAUGUUUCCUCUCGUCACCCCAAAAAAUAUAUUAAGAUUUAAGUAAACAAACACAGCACUGGCUGCUCAUCCCCUUUACUGAAAUUUGAUCUCUUUCAUGUUGCCAACACUGACCUGGACAAGAGGCCAGACACUACUCAGUUUAAGAGCAUAAUAUUAUAUUAAUCACAUUGUCAUAUUGCUUAUUACUAUUGCUAUAUAUGCUGCGUUUACUGCUGUGACGCUGUUUGCACAGGUUACUGUUACUGAUGGAGGCUAUAUGUUAUUUGCCAGAACAUGUAUUGACAAAUGUCGAUUCAGCCACUUUGCAAAAAAUCAAACUGGUUUAAGGUUGACGCUGGACCAGACUGGAAAAAAAAGGACAUUGACCCAACUCUAGUGGACUUAUUAAAUCUCAACUAACUGGCUGUUAUAAUGUUACAAAUACUUUUUAAUCUGUCUGUAAGUGGACUACCCAAAUAAAGUGUCACCACGCCUUCUGUAA